AUGGCGCCACCAGAUCCGAUGACCGAAGAAGAACUUCACGAAUUAAGUGAACGUUUAGAAGCUCAAUGUCGUGACCAUGACAACCGCGAAGCCGAUAUUUUAUCACGUGAGAGUCUACUUAAAUCUCGAUUAACAGAUUUGACGGGUCGCGAGCAGCGACUUCUUAGUUGGGAAUCUGAUUUGAAAGACCGCGAAUCAAUUAUUAGUAAAAAAGAAAUUUCAUUAGAAGAACGCGAAAUUACCUUGAAGCAGCUAGAAAUCGCGGGUCGUGGAAUUAACGUUACCGAAAAGGAACUCGCGGAAAGGGAGGCUGAAUUAAAUGCUUUCGCAAAAGAACUCGAAGAUCGAAGAGCCGAAUUAGAUAAUAAAGAGACAGAAAUCGAAAAUCAAGCGCGGGAAUCAGCGGAUGUUUUCCGCCAGGACAGAACCUUGGAAGCCGAACGCUAUCACAAACGGGAAAACUCCCUCAAGGAGCUUGAAAGUUCGUUGGAUCAAGCUCGUAACGAUUUACAGGAUAGGAAGGAUGCUCUGAAUCAGCGGGAAACCGAAAUCGAAGCUCAAAGCAAAGAACUUCAAGAAACCGCCGCGGACUUGACACGGAUGAUUCGUGAAAUUAAAGAAGCAAAAAAAUCUGAAGGAAAAAAAUUAGAAACAAAAAAAUCAGAGGAGCCCUCCGCAAUUUCAUUAUUAAAAAAGGAAUUUGCCCAAUUAAAAGGCAAAGAAACAAAACCCGUUGUAGUCGAUUCGGUAACCGGUAACAGUAACAUCACAGUAAAAGAUGCGCUAUCUUAUAUCCUUACUUUUAACGGGUCUAGCUCUUCAGUGUCAGACUUUAUCAGAUCCUGUAAAAGAGCAUGCUCCAUGCUCCCUACUAGUUCCGAAUUCAUGUUUUUGACCUUGUUGCGUCAAAAAUUUGAAGGUCCAGCGCGCACUACGGUAGAGAACAUGGACUAUGCUAAUAUGAAGGAGUUCGAAAACCUUUUGAGGACCGUUUUUGAUCGUCGCCGCUCCGCAAACCAGUACAAGGCCGAUAUGGAACACAUAAUCAUGAAACCAAACGAAGAUAUGGUAUCUUAUGUUAACCGGGCCCGAGCAAUUUAUCGCGAUAUAUUGCACGCAGAAAUUUCGGAGCGUGGCGUUUUAACUGACUCAGAAACAAUUAAGAUCGAUAAAGAUUCUAUCGCAGCUUUUCUUCGAGGUAUUCCACCGCUUUUGCAAGUUCAAUGCCGAUUAAAACCGCAUGACGAUUUAGAACAAACUUAUACGUCCGCGAUCGAGGCAUUUAAGGAAUAUGAAAUGAAUAUGAAACGUUUCAAAAACCAGUCAUUAACCUCCCCAGUCGCGGUAGCGGUCGUCCAAAAUCAAGAUUCCAAAGGUAACUCGAAGGAUAAUAAAUCGAAACCUGAAAAAAAUUCAGGAAACGGAAAGGGUAAAUCGGGAUCCGGGUCAAACCGCGAAAAACGGACCAACUCGUAUGAUCCUUGCCCCUGUUGUGGCAAGACUAAUCACCCCCUCGCGAGAUGUUUUAAAUUUUCUUCAUUACUUCAAUCUCGUAUGGGUGAGUUGGGAAACUCGAUACUCCUGGAGCAAACCAACGACGGGACCUCCGGGAGUCCGGACAACUCCAAAUCCCCGUCGAAAAAUCCAGAGACCCGGAUAUUGCAUAUUGCUUCGGUAAUUCUUGAUGACAUGGACGGCAUACUCGGUCAUCAGUUGAUAGAUGGAAAUGAAUAG